CGUCAGAUGGCGAGUAGAUCGAGUGUGUUGACGUUUAAAUGGAAUAACAUGUAAUACGUGCGGUUAUAUGUGAGAAAGAAAAAAGAAAUUAACCAUUUAUUAUUUAUAUAUUUAUAUAUCCUCCCCGUAAUAUUAAUACGGGGCGAUUAUUUAUUAGAGUGAGUAUAAGCUAUUUCAAGAAUGUCCGUCACGAUUCGACGAGUAUUUUUCUCUCGCGUACCUAGAAAUUAUUGGAAAAGUUUAAUGAGCCAAAGUUUUAGUGUAAGAACUAAUGGAACUCUCACUAAAGAAAAACCAACCGAUGACAGUUGCAAAACUAAUAUUCCGGCUCCUGAAGCGGGUAAAUUUCAAGCAGCGACCUUGAAUAAGUUCGAUAAUUCAUUGAUUAUACAAAAUCUAGAAUCAUUGAAAACGGCUCAACCAAACGAAGUUAUUAUAGACGUUCGUUACUGCACUGUAAAUCCUUCUGAUGUAUUAUUGAGUAAAAACUUGUACGUUUACGAACCAAAAUUGCCUAUUACGCUUGGAUAUGAGCUAAUCGGUGAAUUAGUUUACGUAGGGAAGGAUGCGCAAGACAAAGGGUAUAAAAUUGGGGACAAGGUUAUAGCACUUAAUAAAGAACGAUAUGGAGGUUUUGCGGAACAAUGCGUGGCAGAAGUCACCGAUAUUUGGAAAAUACCAUCAAAUGUUAAAUCGUUGGAUGCCGUAUGUCUUCUUAACGAUUAUAUGAGCGCCCUUAUCGCAUUGGAAAGAGUAGUGACUAUAGAUGAAAAUGAUAUGAUUUUAGUAAAUGUGGGCUUAAGCGGCAUAGGCCUGGCGACUAUUGAUCUUGCAACCAAUGUAUUUAGAUCGCAGGUAAUUGGUAUAUGUGUCAAUAACGACGACGCUGUUCUUGUUCGUAAUAGGGGUGUAUUUGCGUCCUUGGCAUACAAUGAACGAGACUUGUUAAAGUCCAUAGAAGAAAUUGCCGGCGAUAAAGGCAUUAAGGCUGUUUUUGAUGGAGAUGGCGGUGAAUAUUUUAAGAAAGUUUUAAAAUGUUACACUGAUAUAUAUAAAAGCGGGACAUCAUUGAAAAAUUUACUGCGCGACGAUAAUUUUACCGUGGCGAUACAUCAUUUAUCUCGUGAAGGGCGCGUAGUAAUCGCUGGCGCUGCUGCUGUUAAGACGCAAGAUGUACAAUCGAAGAUUGAACCAGGCUCUUUCAGUAUCACCGGUUUUAAUCUCAAUGAAUACAGGAAGAAGGAUCCAGAUAGCUAUCGGCAAGCCGGAGAAGAAGUAUUAGAUUUUUACGAAGAGGGUCUCAUUAUUCCAAUUCAUUCUAUGAUUUUUGGCCUGUACAAAGUCAACGAGGCUUUACGUUUUUCCUCCGAGGGAAAAACUUCUGCAAAGGUCAUUAUAGAUAUUAAGAAUAAAGAAGAAGAGAGAGUUAAUGUAGCCGAGGAUUGAAAAUAAAAUAUAUAAAUAUCCUAAUACAUUAUCUUACAUUAUCAUUAUAUAUUAUAUGCGCUUCAUUAAGUUUUAUUUUUUAUCGCUUUGUUAUUAAUUCGAUAAAAGAUUGUACAACGAUCGCUUAGUCUAUUGUAAUGUUACAUUAACUGACAUAUACUGGUAUUACAUAAUAUUAUGAUAUAUCUAAUAUAUGAUACUUAUAUUCCUCAGGAACAUUAAAUGCUUCGUUAUUAAUGCAUCUAAAUCAUUACACGAUCCCUAGUAUCAUCGAAUUACCUUUAUUAUAAGAUAAUCUCUUUAGAAGAAUUCUUUAAUAUUGUUGAAUAUUCUGAGAAAUGAUUUAUUAAGAAAUCUUAUUUCUUUUCUGGCACAACUUCGCUGAUACCAUACAUCCCAGCUAGUAAUCGUCCAUGAGAAGGGGGUACUGGUUCCUUUGGUGGUAAAUAUGGGCCCUUCUCACCCAUAUAUACAUAACUAUGUACAUAUAAACAGGUUAAGGUUUAUAUUAUAUAUAUAUAUAUAUAUAUACAUAUAUAUCUAUUGAAAAGAAUUUAAUGUAAGAUGCGCAAAAGUAUUUAUGGCUUUUGAAGGAUACGGUAAUCUCAGAACCCAAUAAGCACUUUGCGAAAGUUUGAUCGGUUCUUCACAACCGGUUACAAAUAUGGGACACGGUGGAGGUCCCGGUUGAACUCGAGGAUUUAAUGUAACGUGAACCGGUGCCUUUGGAGUAACCACAUGAAUUCUCAUAAGUUGAGCUAUCAAAGGUUGUGCCUGCCUGCAAAAAUAAAUACAUACAUACAUACAUACAUACAUAUUGUAUUUAUUAUUGAUUAUUUUAAAGUCUAUAAUAUAAAGUUUGUUUACGUUAAAUACAAUAUACCUGCACGGACAUGGAAAGUAAAGAGGCAUAUCUGUGGUA